GUGGCAAAACAGUAAAUAAACAUGUACGACAAGGCCCUUUCUCUAAAGCAAACCCAUUAAAACCGGCGGCCCAACAAACGUCAAAAAAGUUAAAAACGUGCCAAUUUAAAAAUCCCAACAAAAAGAUGUUUUCCCGGUAACACAACCACCCAGUAAACUAAACCACCACCGGAAAAAAAAAAUGAAACCACCGUCACCACCACCACACCUCCUCUCCAUCUUCCUCCUCCUCCUCACCUCCACCAUAACCUCACAACAAUUCUCCACCAACGAACAAACAACCUUACUCAACCUCAAGCAAGCCUGGGACAAUCCACCCUCAUUAUCACACUGGACUUCCACCUCAUCACCCUGCACCUGGCCGGAGAUACUCUGCAGCAACGCCUCCGUCACUGGACUCGACCUUCAGAGCAAAGGACUCAUCGGCUACAUCCCGCCGUUCAUCUGCGACCUCCAAAACCUACAAAUCCUACACAUGCAUGACAAUUUCAUCACCGGAGAGUUCCCUAGGGUUUUCUACAACUGCACAAACCUAAUCGAGCUCGAUAUCUCGCAAAACAUGUUCGUCGGAGCGUUGCCGGACGAUAUUCACCGGCUAUCGGUUCUCAAAACGGCGGAAUUCGGCGGUAAUAACUUCACCGGAGAUAUACCUCCGGCGAUCGGGAAUAUAUCUUCGCUGAAGUCAUUGAUGCUAUACCAGAAUUUGUUCAACGGAACUAUACCUCCGGCGAUCGGAAACUUAACGGAUCUGGAAACGCUCGGGUUAGCGUAUAACGAGUUUUCAGAUCCGGUGAUUCCGUACGAGUUCGGUAAACUGAACAGUUUGAAGGUGUUGUGGAUGCCGGCGUGUAAUCUCGCCGGUGAAAUACCUAAAUCGUUGAUUAAUUUGGUGAAUCUGGAGCUCUUAGAUCUGAGUUUGAACUUUCUAGAAGGUGAAAUUCCUCAUGAGUUGUUUCUGUUACAGAGUUUGAAUCAUAUGUAUUUGUAUAAGAAUAAUUUAUCCGGUGAGCUUCCGGCGGUUAUUCAGUCGCCGAAUUUGACUCAAAUUGAUAUCUCAAUGAACAGAUUGACCGGAAUUGUUCCGGAUGAUAUCGGAAAGUUGAAGAAACUUGAGGUUUUGAAUUUGUAUUCUAAUCAGUUUUCAGGUGAAAUUCCUAAAAGUAUUGCUCAAAUUAAAACCCUAAGGGUUUUUAAAGUGUUUCGAAACAGUUUCACCGGAGAGUUACCGAUGGAGUUUGGGAUGCACUCUAAACUUGAAGUGUUUGAGGUGUCUGAUAACCAGUUUACCGGAAACUUGCCGGUGAAUAUGUGUGCUGGUGGUGUUUUGACCGGUGUGAUUGCUUUUUCGAACCGUCUCACCGGUGAAUUGCCGAAAACAUUGGAAAGUUGUGAUAGGGCUAACUCAAUUCAACUGUAUGAUAACAAGUUUACUGGUGAGAUUCCAUCCGGAAUCUGGACAUUAUCGAAUAUUUCGAGUUUGAGGUUAUCUGGAAACUCAUUUUCCGGUGAGCUUCCGAGUAAAGUUGCUUGGAAUUUGUCUAGAUUGGAGAUUAGCGACAACAAGUUUUCGGGUCGAAUUCCAGAAGGGAUAUCUUCUUGGGGGAAACUAAAUGUGUUUAAAGCUAGUAACAAUAUGUUUUCUGGUGAAAUUCCAGUUGAUAUCACUAGUUUAUCCGAGUUAACCGUGCUUUAUCUCGAUGGGAAUUCGCUUUCGGGUGAGCUUCCGUCGGAGUUUAAGUCGUGGAACUCGCUAACGGUUUUGAAUCUUUCCAGAAACAAAUUGUCUGGUCAGAUUCCGAGUUCACUUGGUUCUUUACAAGAUCUUCUUGAACUUGAUCUAUCCGAAAACCAACUUUCGGGUCAGAUUCCAUCACAAUUGGGCACUCUACGGCUUACGAGUUUGAAUCUUUCUUCGAACAAGCUCACCGGAAGAAUCCCGUCCUCUUUUGAUAACAUGGCUUAUCAAAACAGUUUUCUUAACAACCCUGACAUCUGUUCUGAUUCCCAUAUCUCCAACCUCCAAAACUGUCAUCCCAAAAACUCACACUCUAAAAAAUUCUCACCAAAAAUCAUAGCCAUGAUCGUUGUUUUAUCCGUAUUUGUUCUACUCGCGGCUGUACUGUUUGCGUUGUUUGUGUUCCGAGACUACCAAAAGAGGAAGCCGAAACGAAUUCGCACUACAUGGAAACUAACCUCAUUCCACAAGAUGGAUUUCACAGAAAGAAACAUUUUGUCAUGCAUGACUGAAGCCAAUGUGAUCGGUACUGGUGGUGCAGGGAAAGUGUACCGAAUUGCGGUUGGUCCACCACGGGGGUAUGUUGCGGUUAAGCGAAUUUGGAGCAACAAAAAGCUAGACCAGAGUCAAGAAAAUGAGUUCACAUCUGAGGUUCAGAUAUUGGGUUCAAUUCGUCAUUCAAACAUAGUAAAACUACUAUGUUGUCUGUCGAGUCAGAACUCGAAGCUUCUGGUUUACGAGUUCCUGGUGCACCAGAGUCUAGACAAAUGGCUACAUGGGAAGAAGAGAAAACCAGAGCCCGGUUUGGUUCCAGGGUUCGUGCUGGACUGGCCUAGACGGUUGCAGAUUGCAACAGGUGCAGCCCAGGGGCUUUGCUACAUGCAUCACGAUUGUUCGCCGCCUAUUGUGCAUAGAGAUGUGAAAUCAAGUAAUAUAUUGUUGGAUUCAGAAUUCAAUGCGAAAAUUGCUGAUUUUGGACUGGCGAAAAUUUUGGAAAAGCCGAAGCCUGGUGAGGGUGGCGUGUCUUCCGUAGUUGGCUCAUUGGGUUACUUUGCUCCUGAGUAUGCUUACACGACAAGAAUAAACGAGAGGAUAGACGUAUACAGUUUUGGUGUGGUACUGCUUGAGCUCGUGACUGGAAGAGAACCUAACGAAGGAGACAAAGAUUUGAAUCUAGCCGAAUGGGCAUGGAAAUACUACGGAGAAAGUGAUUCUGUGACCGGAGCUUUGGAUCCAGAGAUCAAUGGUUACACGGAGGAGAUGAGCACUGUGUUCAAAUUAGGACUCAUUUGCACAAGCACAUUGCCUUCAAGCAGGCCAUCGAUGAAGGAUGUUCUCGAGAUUCUUCGAAGAUGCGAUCCACUUGAUCAACUCCCGGAGGAGAUGAAACAAGGAAGAGAAGAGUUUGAUGUUGCGCCUCUUCUCAAGAGAGAAACUUACAUCACUAGCUACCAGGAAACUGAGGAUAUCUUCUAGUGUAUUGAGAUUUUUACUUGGUAUGGUGGUUGUAAAAAUGUAUAUUAGGUUAGUUAAGAACUAUGUGAUGUGUGCAAAGACUGAGAUCAUUCUUCCACACUAUUUCUCGUGUGAGAGAUCUCAAAUACCAGCUUCAUGUAUAGUAAUUUGGGAAAAUGAUUAGAAACCAGAGUUGAAAAUCACUAGAGUAGUCAUUAUAUUUGAUGUGUUAUAUUUCUAUUGUAAUGUAUAACGAUUUCACAGGUAUACUCGAUUUUAUAA